AUGAAACCCAAAGUACAUCCCAUUAUUCCCAGUUUUACAACAACUGACAGCGCAUCAUCUUUUGGGUCUCUGACUGGUUCUCAUGACUCAUCGAGCACGAGUUUUGCUCAGGCCUUCCAUGCCAAUCUCAACUUGGAAGAGAAUAAUAGAAGUGGAACGAAACGUUUUCUAAAAUCGAUAUGUCCAGCUCCUCAUUCUUUACAAAACAUUUUACCAGCAAUUUUCUUGUUGCAAACAUUGAUUUGUAUUGGUUCCAUGAUUCUUCUCAUUUACUCGAGUGGAGAGAAGUCCAUUGACAACAUCGCCACCAUUCAAGCAGACUCCAUUCACAGGGAAAUUCAAGGUCAUAUGGCCAACGCCAAAACAAUUCUCGAACAAUUGCAUGAGCAACUGUCAGUGGUCAAUCAUUUACAAAAUGAGACCUAUGACUGGCCUGUCUAUUCAAAAAAGAUUAUUAAUGUAUUUGCACCAACGAAACUUGGUUAUCCAAUGGCAACAAUCUUCCACUAUGCAAAUAGUUUCAAAGUAUUGGCGAACAUUGAAAUGUCAGCUGUCAGAAACCGUGUUGGAUUUUCCAAUGGAGACGGAACCCUUAGACUGUAUUCCUAUGAUAAAUAUUAUCAAGCAGAAACCUUAAUGCUAACAUCCACAGGAUUCGAUCCAACCAAACGUCCUUGGUACUUGGCCGGCUCUAAAAAAACUUUUCCAGACUUUGCAUGGAGUUCCAUUUACAAUAAUUUUGCACUCGGUUGCAUUUCCAUUGGUGCAGCUACUGCUGUCAAUUUCAAUACUUUUAACAUUUCCAUUUCCAACAAUGUCGUGACCAAAACUCCAAUCACUCAAGUCCUCGUUGCACAUUUCGACUUGUAUCAACUCGAUUACGUCCUAAAUGACACCAUCAAGCAAUAUCAAGACAUGCAAACGAAAUCCAUGCAAAUUGUCAUUCUUGAACGAAGUGGAUAUAUUCUCACCACAUCUAUUGGAGUCUCGUCCGUUAAUGUCACGGAUAUGAGUCGAGUGCAUAUUACUCAAACGAAUGAAAUAUUUGCAAAAAUUGCUACAAUUCUCAUGGAUAAGAAGGUGAUUUUGAGAGAUCCAAAAACUGGUAAUUUAUCAGCUCUUUCAACUGAUAACACGACACAAGUAUUUUUUGUUGACCAAUAUCGAGUGUCUUUGCAGUUUCUUAAUGAAGGCAAUGGAUUGGAUUGGGUCGUGGUUUUGGUGACUGAAAAUUAUGGCUUUGUGAAAACUGUAUUCACAAGCUCACCAGAAUUGUUGUCACUUUCAAUUAUAUUGGUCGUAUUGGGAACUGUUUUAGCCAUUCUUAUUACUCAAUUAUUGUCAUACUCAAUCAUGAAGGUGGCACGUGACAUGUCAAAAAUUUCAAGACUUGAAGUGGAUCAAGUGAAAAGCUCAAAAUUACUCAAAACCGUUCAUGAACUGCAUUUACUUCAGACUUCAACCAAACUAGUCAAGAGUGCACUUCAUUCUUUCAUGAAAUAUAUUCCACGAGAAAUUGUCAAAGAUAUUGUGAGAAAUGGUAUUGCAGCCAAAGUUGGUGUCACUAGUUGCAGCACUUCAAUCAUGUUCACUGAUAUUGCUGAUUUUACAACUUUUUCUGAAACCGCUCACGUAUCCGUCUUGUUGAAAGUUCUUUCUGAAUAUUUUAGAAUAAUUACAGAGGCUGUGGAAACCAACAAUGGUGUCAUUGACAAGUUCAUUGGAGAUGGAACCAUGAGUUUGUUUUCACACCCAUUGAAAAUUGUGGAUGAUCAUGCUGAACGAUGCUGUCAUGCUGCACUUCAAGCGAUGGCAGGAAUGGAAAAAUUAAGAAUAGUAUGCAAACGAGAAGGAUGGCCACAAAUUAAAAUAAGAGCAGGAGUCAACACGGGAAAUGCAAUGAUUGGAAAUGUUGGUUCCAAAGACCGUUUCAAUUAUACAGCCAUUGGUGAUAGUGUCAACACAGCAGGUCGAUUAGAAACUCUUAACAAACGUUAUGACACGAGUAUUCUAAUUGGUCAAAACACAUAUGAUCUCGUCUCUAAGAAAUUCUUGUGCUUGUUCGUAGAUAUUGUCAAAUUGAAAGGAAAAGCAAAACCGAUUGAAGUCUAUACUUUGGAGUCAGAACUUUCAGAAGCCACAAAAAAACAGGUCAUUGUUCAUGAUUACUUGCAACAAACAAAGGAACACAUGACUGAGAGAAACUAUUCUGAAAUGGUUUCAACAUUGGAUCAGCUCAUAGAAUCUAUUGAUGCAUGGAUCGAAGAUGAGGAUGCCAAAUGUCAAGAAGAAGUCAAUGAACUGAAACCAAGAAACCCCAAUUGGUAUGGCCAUGAGGGAAUCUGUUUCUCUAAUUUGAAGUUUAUUAAGGAUUUGAGAACGAGAGGACAAGAAUUGAAUAGCUUGGUCGUUCAUUCUUCUGUUGAAAAAUCCUUCAUGGAUUUCACACUGACUCUUAACGAAAAGUAG